AUGAAGGUUCUCUUCUUGUUUGCUCUUUUCCUGGCGUGUGCCAACGCAUCGGCUCUUACUGACAAAUUCAAGAAUCUAGUUCCCAGCUUUGCCACCGGCUAUAUCAUUAACGGCGAAGAUGCUGAGCCACAAUCUGCCCCUUACAUUGUAUCGUUGAGUUCCAAUGCUAGCCGUCAUUCUCACAAGUGUGGUGGCACAAUUAUUGCCAAGGACUGGGUUUUAACUGCCGGUCACUGCAUUUCUACUGCCGUUGGAAUGGGAGUUAUUGCUGGUCUUCAUAACCGCACUGAAGUUGAUGAGAAUACACAAUCACGUGUAGUUGACUUUGGUAGAGUUCACGCAAGUUACAGCGGUGGUGUGGGACCUUACGAUAUUGGCAUUUUACACAUCUCCCAGCCCUUUGAGUUCAACGAACGAGUACAACCAGCAAGCUUGCCACACCGAGAAGAGAUCCACAGCGGAGAGACUCAUCUUUAUGGUUGGGGACGACCAAAUCCUUACAUAUCUGCUGCAGCCCAGAUAUUGCAAACAGUUCAAACUGAGGUCGUCGAGUGGAACGAGUGCAAGGAAACUCUGCCUCAAAGUGCUCCUCUCCACGAAACCAAUGUCUGCUCAGAUUCCUUGCAGAAGGGCAUAUCUGCAUGCAGCGGUGACUCUGGUGGUCCUCUGGUGAAGGUUAUCAAUGGCGGACCAUCUGAACUUAUCGGUAUUGUAUCCUGGGGAUACACUCCAUGUGGUGUUUACAAUUUACCAUCGGUCUAUACACGUGUCUCUGCAUACAUCGACUGGAUUACUAAGAUCCAGAGUGCUUACUAUGCAUUAAACUAAAUGCAAUAAUUUAAUAAAUUUUGAAAACACAAAAAUUUUUCGUUUGGUGCAUUUGCAAAGAGAUUCACAGAUUUUUUCGAUUCGUAUGGUGAAAUUAAUUUCUUUAAUGAACUACAUGA